AUGGCUUCCAACUCUAUCAUCCCAUACACUACUUCUUCUUCAUCUCAGACUUAUGAAGUUUUCGUGAGCUUCAGAGGUGACACUCGCAACAACUUCUCUGACCAUCUUUUUGGGGCUCUCGGCAGAAAAGGCAUUCAUUUCUUCAGGGAUGAUACGAAGCUUAAGAAAGGGAAACUUAUAUUACCUGAACUCCUGCAAGCUAUUGAUGGGUCUCAGAUUUUGGUUGUUGUCUUCUCAGAGGAGUAUGCUUCCUCGAAAUGGUGCUUGCGAGAACUUGAAAGGAUUGCCGAUUACGUUGACAAUGACGUCUCCGGAAAGCACGUUCUGCCGAUUUUUUACAGAGUUGAUCCAUCAGACGUGCGAAAUCAGAGUGGGCAAUACAAAGAAGCCUUUGAUGAAUACGAACAAAUAUUCAAAGAAGAUGAAGAGAAGAAGAAGGAAGUGCAAAGAUGGAGAGGAGCUCUGGCACGAGUGGGCUAUCUCUCUGGUUGGCACAUUACAAAUGAGUAA